CUUAUCGAGUGCAAAACAGGACACUUGUUUAUUUCUUCUGGAUAACGAAUUUUUAAACAAAUGUUAUUGCUAUUUUUUUAUUUUGUGAAACUUGAUAAUUUUUGUGUGUAUUUCCCGUCAUAAAGUAUGGAGUUAAUUCACAUCCCAGCUGAGAUUUUAGAGCACAUUUUUGCAUUUCUUGAUGGGCAGUCAUUCUGUAGGAUUAAACUUGUUUGCAAACAUUGGCAUGAAACUGGGAAACGAAUGCAAGUCAGAAACUCUCUUUGGAAGCAGUUCUGUAUCAAAGAAGUUCCUGAACACAUUUUAGAAGAUAUUUUAUCUUUUAAAAGUGUUUUGCUGACUGAUAAAAUAAUUGACUGGUGUGCAAUAUACAAGAAAUGGUUUCAUGCAAAAAUGAUUAGGACAUCACCUUACUGGAAGAAAUUAAUCAAAGGAUUUUGUUAUAAUCCUGUGACAUGUGUGAAAAUUUCAGGGUCUUUUGUGAUUACUGGGCAUAGUAAUGGAUGUCUUUGUAUUUGGAAUCAAUAUAAUGGUGAAUUGUGCCAAAAGAUUUUAUGUCAUUUAAAAACAAUAACUGAUAUGGCUUUGGUUGAUCUGCUUAAUCUUGGUUCUUACUAUGGUUCAGAAGAACUUCCAUGGGCUCAUCAUCAUAUUAUUACGGUUUCUAAAGAUUAUUAUAUUCAAGUGAAAUCCUUAUUGGAGCCAAUAACAAUUAGUAAUUCAAAUGAAAUGCUGAAUUUUCACAGUGAUGUUUUAUGUGGUGUAAGGGUUUAUGGAAAUCAGUUUGCUGUAAGUUGCCGUGAUAACACUUUUACCAUAUGGAACAUGCAUCUAGAAUACAAGCCAUAUUUCCAUUUGGAUGUUUCUCUAGUGCGUAGUAUAACUGGUCCCAGAGAUAUCUUUUUUAAUUUUGGAUUUUGGCGAAAUGAGGUGUACUGUGUAUCACGUAAAGGAGGCUUAAAUGUGUAUUCUAAAGAUAAAGAAGAAUGGAUUGAAAAGAAACAUUUUAUGAUUUUAUAUUCAAAUGAAUGCUUGGAAAGUGUGGUGUCAGUUACUGCUGUAUUCCUAUUUCGAAAUCAGAUUAUAAUAAUGCUAACAGCUGAUGGGAAAAUGGUUGUGUAUGUCAAUGAACAAAUGGUUAGGCAUCACUAUUUAAUGAAAUAUUUACACACUGUACUUGUAACUGUGGCACUAAGUGGUACUAUUUUAGCUUUAGGAGGAGAGAAUGGCAAGCUGUUUCUAUAUCACAUUCCAGAUGAUGACCACCUUGGCAGUCUUCAACUGUCUAACCCAGCAUUCGCUUUACAGUUAAGUGAUGCAUCAAUAAUUGCCAUUGACAUUUUACAUGAUAAUGAUUCACCUGUGAUAGUUGCUGCAACUAAUGAAAGCAUAUAUGUUAUUAAGUGGUACAAUAUUCAUAAAUCUCACCAAGAAGUGAAAAGGAGAGAUGUGUCACAUUUGUUUAAAAUGCACUAACAUUUGCACUUGUAAAAAUGUAUAUUUUGACUUAUAUGUAAAUUUUGAAUUGUUUAAAUUAUAAAUUUUAAAAAAAACUG